UACUCUCUCUUUUACUCUUGUUUCAUUUCCUCUUUGUAUUUUUGGGGAUUGAGAAAUUUGAAGAUCGGAUCCAGAAAUUCUUGUACAAACUCCACUCUCUCCAAUAAGCCCAAGAUGCCGUGAGCGUCGAUGGAGAGAGUCGUUCAAGGUGAAAAAUAAGCGUUGAAGAGAAGGAAAAUGUCGUCGUCAAACUCGCCGUGCGCGGCGUGCAAGUGCCUGCGGCGGAAGUGCACGCAGGAGUGCGUGUUCGCGCCCUACUUCCCGCCGGACAACCCUCAGAAGUUCACGACCGUGCACAAGGUGUUCGGCGCCAGCAACGUCUCGAAGCUCCUCAACGAGCUGAGCGCCGCGCAGCGCGAGGACGCCGUGAACUCGCUGGCGUACGAGGCCGAGUACCGGCUCCGCGACCCAGUUUACGGGUGCGUGGGGCUCAUCUCGGUCCUCCAGCAGCGGCUCCGCCAGGUCCAGGUCGAUUUAGAGAACGCCAAGAAGGAAUUAUCCACUUAUAUUGGCCCCUCCGCGAUGCUCCCCAUUUUGAGCCACCCCGGAUUCGCCGGGAACUACGCCGCCGCCGCUCCAUAUCAGGUGGUGCCGUACAAUACAAUCAUGCUCCCUCCGCAGCCGCCGCAGCAGCAACAACAAUUUGUUGAGCAGCUGGCGGCGGCGGCGGCUGCUCGGGAACAAGAAGAAAUGCUGCUUAGCUACGAGCAGAAUAACGAUAUUAUGCGAUUCAACGGGGGAUUUGAUCACGACCGAGGAGGAGGGCCAGUGACCGCCACCGGAUUUAACGAAGGCGGUGGCGCAAUGCAGUUUGAAGCCAUUCCUUACCAGCAGGCUCAGGCUCAGGCUCAGGUUCAAGCUCAACAACAUCAUCUCCAUCUCCAUCAACAGCAACAAGAGCAACAACAACAACCAAAGGAGGAGGAGGAAGAGAAGGAGAUGACCAAUUGUGCUCCACAGUGCUAAUUUUCUGACAAAUUCCAAAAGCCUUAUUAUUCCUUGAACAAGAUAUUACAUCCCAUCCAGUGCAAAACUAGUGAGAGAGAGAGAGAGAUAGGUGGUCGUGGGAGAAAUCUUGUAGGUAUUCACAUGUACGUAAGUCAUUUUCUUUCUAGUUAUUUUUGUGUGGAACUCGGAAAGAUAUAACAAUCUGUAGUGGAAGAAUACAUACAUUGGAAAUGUAGGAGCAGCGUUGAUUUUAAAUUUACGAUACUAGUUUCCUCUUUUAGUUUAACUUUCA